UGGCUCAAAGCACAUAGCCAGUCAGUUGUUUGUGCAGUUGAAAAAUUUUUGUAGUUGCUUAGUUUGCAGCAUUUUGCGGCAGUCGUAUCUAUGGUGAUGGGCAUUCCCGCUUUGGCACCUGAACGCCAAGUAUUUGAAGGAGGAAUCGGGCUUUGGAGUUGACACUACAAAUUCUCAAGGCCCCUAUGGAAGCCUCGAAGAAGGUGCUGUGGCCUGCGGAGAAACCCUCCAGCCAUGAUGAGCUUUGCUUGCACCUGGCCCAGCUGCGGUGUGAGCGAGACAUGGAGGAGGUCACUUUCCGGAAGGAAUGCGAGGCACUUCUUGCUACCGCCGUGGACCUCAGGGCAGACCGAAGGAUGCUGGAAGAGGAGACAGCUAGAUGGGAACGAAUUGCGACGGUGGAGGCUGAUGUUGAAGAGAGAAGUUGUGCGAGGAGUGAGAAGACUCAGCGAACUUUGCUGAACGAACUCGAGGAAGGUCAGAAUGAGUUGAGAGCUGCCCCGGCUUCACUUCGAGGGGUUGCUGCGGACUGGGUUAUUGAAGAUGAGCCAGAGAAGAGACUAGAGCGAUCUGAGGCAGAAUGCCGCCAUGCGACACAUUGCAAAGCAGAGUUCGAGGAGGCGCUUUCGGUCUCAAAGCAAUUGGUGCACCGUUUGCGGAAGAAGCUAGACUCGCAUACCGAGGACACCCUUCGUUCCAGUGCUUCAACUGCAAAGAUGGCUGGCAGACGUGGAUUCCAGGACCUGGAUCAACUUCGCCAAGAAGUGCGCCGCCUUGGUGUCCAAGUAGAGAUUGCAGAGCAAGAGUGUGGAGAAGAGGCCAAGUUGCUUUGGGAUAAAAAGGAUACAGAGCUUCCACGCCUUCGUGCCGCUGAGCGCGAGAGGCAACAACUUGUUGCAAGGCUGGGUCAGGCGCGCUACGAUCGCGACCACCUCGAGCGAAACUUCACUCGAAUUAUCAAUGGUUUACAAGAGCAUGAGGCGCGCAUGGAGCAACCAUCUCAACAGCUUUCCGAAGGGCUUUUCCUUUGUCGCCGGGAGGGAGAGGAGAUGGUCGCAACAAUGAAGGAUAACGACCGCAAUAUUGCAGAGAUGCGGAAGGAGCGAUGGGAGACAGAGGCGUUCAUCGAGCACCUCAGCAAGCAAGUUGCAAAACUCGAGGACGAACGGAACUCGCUCAAGACCAGUCUUGGGCAUGAACCAGGCGCUUUGGCAGGCAUAGACCAUGAUGUACGUGUAAACGUUCUCACCUUGGUGGAUGCUACUGAUGCACAUCUCAUUUCUCGUCAAGAGCAGGAGGCGUGUGAAGACCUGGUGCAAGAUGAAGCAGAUUCAGAGGCUGUGGUGGAAGAAAUACAGCAGCAGGAGUGCAUGUUGCAGAAGUUGGAGAGUCGCAAUGCUGAACUUCGAUCAGAGGUUGGUGCGUGCAAGCCUUUGUUGCCCUGAACUUGCAGCUCAUUCAGGUGAAGUAACUCUGGCGUAUGCGUAACUUGAAGCGCCGAUUGUUUGUUGUAAAAGGCUUGCUGAGCGAAGCAACCUUGGUUUUCGA